AUGUCGGACCACCCUCGAAAGGGGCAACGUCCGGAGAGGGUGGAGGGAGAACCACGAUGGACAGUCACCAGACGUGAACACUCCGAAACAAUACCUCUCUCACCCGCCAUCCCCAACGACGAUGACGACACGACCGCGGGUCCAUUCCACUCGCGGACGAUGACGACCACGGAGCGCGUGCAGAUACUGCAGAUGCCUGUGCCGAUCUCGGACAGUGAGACCGCGCCCGCUCUGCUGCUCGCACUCUCAUCCCCGAACGGAAAUACGACACAGUCGAUAUCGUCGACUGUUACAUCUUUGCCAGCCACUGGCACACCACUCAUCGGCGGACUGACAGCCAGCGGACUUCCGCUCUUCAAUGGUAUCCAUGUCAACAGGGACUCCCGUCACACAACCACCGUCAUUACCACCACUACCACCACCUACCGGGUCAUCGAAGUCACCGACUCCGAAUCGAUGAGCAGCUCCGGCGAAUUCGAGAGAGACUUUGAGUUCCUCGACCAUCACGGCCAAUUGUUGGCUGACGAAGGCGAGCUGACCGUCAACAUCCCGCUGCACAGUGUCCGCACACCAGAAAGACUCCAGAAUCCCAGCCCGGCAACGUACAUGAUCGUCGGUAAGACCGAAUCCACACCGACAACUCCGAACCACCAAAGCGUCCAUAUGGGUUUCGACAUUGCUCCAGUCGAACAGCCCGUUGUAGCCGCAGGAGAGGACGAGUAUGAGAUGGUCGAAUACACCAUUUCCCCCGCUGGAAGCACAUGCGGAGAAGAUCAAAUUGCAUCGACGAGCCGACAGAUGGAAAUACAAGACGCACCCAUCCGCAACUAUGUCGAUGUCUAUCAUGUUGGAACGAGCGAUAAGGUCGAAAUUGACACCAUGGUCGAGUAUGAAGUCGUCUAUGAUGAGGAGGAGACUGUCAUCCCAGACAAAGCCAAUGCCCGUGGAGAUUUUGAGCUUACGGAAGAAUAUGGCGGGCCCAUCGACUCCACCCAUCGUCACACCGAUGUGGAAGGACUACCGUUGGCUUCUCACGUCCAGGUCUACCACCAUGGCCGCUCGGAUGUUGGAAAGCCAUCGCAUGUCGUCGUCGAAGAGAAAUCGGAAGUCGCAGAGAAGCCGACACUGGCCGACAAGUUCACUGGUCUCUUCAGAAAGGGACCCAGCCACCUCGACUACCCGAUCAGCGAGGCAUUCGAAGGACCAAUCGACUCCACCCAUCGUCACACCGAUGUGGAAGGACUACCGUUGGCUUCUCACGUCCAGGUCUACCACCAUGGCCGCUCGGAUGUGCUGAAGCCAUCGCAUGUCGUCGUCGAAGAGAAAUCGGAAGUGCACGACAAGCCGACACUGGCCGACAAGUUCACUGGUCUCUUCAGAAAGGGACCCAGCCACCUCGACUACCCGAUCAGCGAGGCUUUCGAAGGACCAAUCGACUCCACCCAUCGUCACACCGAUGUGGAAGGACUACCGUUGGCUUCUCACGUCCAGGUCUACCACCAUGGCCGCUCGGAUGUGCCUGAACCAUCGCAUGUCGUCGUCGAAGAGAAAUCGGAAGUGCACGACAAGCCGACACUGGCCGACAAGUUCACUGGUCUCUUCAGAAAGGGACCCAGCCACCUCGACUACCCGAUCAGCGAGGCUUUCGAAGGACCAAUCGACUCCACCCAUCGUCAUACCGAUGUGGAAGGACUACCGUUGGCUUCUCACGUCCAGGUCUACCACCAUGGCCGCUCGGAUGUGCCUGAACCAUCGCAUGUCGUCGUCGAAGAGAAAUCGGAAGUGCACGACAAGCCGACACUGGCCGACAAGUUCACUGGUCUCUUCAGAAAGGGACCCAGCCACCUCGACUACCCGAUCAGCGAGGCUUUCGAAGGACCAAUCGACUCCACCCAUCGUCACACCGAUGUGGAAGGACUACCGUUGGCUUCUCACGUCCAGGUCUACCACCAUGGCCGCUCGGAUGUUGGAGAGCCAUCGCAUGUCGUCGUCGAAGAGAAAUCGGAAGUGCACGACAAGCCGACACUGGCCGACAAGUUCACUGGUCUCUUCAGAAAGGGACCCAGCCACCUCGACUACCCGAUCAGCGAGGCUUUCGAAGGACCAAUCGACUCCACCCAUCGUCACACCGAUGUGGAAGGACUACCGUUGGCUUCUCACGUCCAGGUCUACCACCAUGGCCGCUCGGAUGUUGGAGAGCCAUCGCAUGUCGUCGUCGAAGAGAAAUCGGAAGUGCACGACAAGCCGACACUGGCCGACAAGUUCACUGGUCUCUUCAGAAAGGGACCCAGCCACCUCGACUACCCGAUCAGCGAGGCUUUCGAAGGACCAAUCGACUCCACCCAUCGUCACACCGAUGUGGAAGGACUACCGUUGGCUUCUCACGUCCAGGUCUACCACCAUGGCCGCUCGGAUGUUGGAGAGCCAUCGCAUGUCGUCGUCGAAGAGAAAUCGGAAGUCGCAGAGAAGCCGACGCUGGCCGACAAGUUCACUGGUCUCUUCAGAAAGGGACCCAGCCACCUCGACUACCCGAUCAGCGAGGCUUUCGAAGGACCAAUCGACUCCACCCAUCGUCACACCGAUGUGGAAGGACUACCGUUGGCUUCUCACGUCCAGGUCUACCACCAUGGCCGCUCGGAUGUUGAGAGCCAUCGCAUGUCGUCGUCGAAGAGAAAUCGGAAAAAGGGACCCAGCCACCUCGACUACCCGAUCAGCGAGGCUUUCGAAGGACCAAUCGACUCCACCCAUCGUCACACCGAUGUGGAAGGACUACCGUUGGCUUCUCACGUCCAGGUCUACCACCAUGGCCGCUCGGAUGUGGCUGAGCCAUCGCAUGUCGUCGUCGAAGAGAAAUCGGAAGUGCACGACAAGCCGACACUGGCCGACAAGUUCACUGGUCUCUUCAGAAAGGGACCCAGCCACCUCGACUACCCGAUCAGCGAGGCUUUCGAAGGACCAAUCGACUCCACCCAUCGUCACACCGAUGUGGAAGGACUACCGUUGGCUUCUCACGUCCAGGUCUACCACCAUGGCCGCUCGGAUGUUGGAGAGCCAUCGCAUGUCGUCGUCGAAGAGAAAUCGGAAGUGCACGACAAGCCGACACUGGCCGACAAGUUCACUGGUCUCUUCAGAAAGGGACCCAGCCACCUCGACUACCCGAUCAGCGAGGCUUUCGAAGGACCAAUCGACUCCACCCAUCGUCACACCGAUGUGGAAGGACUACCGUUGGCUUCUCACGUCCAGGUCUACCACCAUGGCCGCUCGGAUGUUGGAGAGCCAUCGCAUGUCGUCGUCGAAGAGAAAUCGGAAGUGCACGACAAGCCGACACUGGCCGACAAGUUCACUGGUCUCUUCAGAAAGGGACCCAGCCACCUCGACUACCCGAUCAGCGAGGCUUUCGAAGGACCAAUCGACUCCACCCAUCGUCACACCGAUGUGGAAGGACUACCGUUGGCUUCUCACGUCCAGGUCUACCACCAUGGCCGCUCGGAUGUUGGAGAGCCAUCGCAUGUCGUCGUCGAAGAGAAAUCGGAAGUGCACGACAAGCCGACACUGGCCGACAAGUUCACUGGUCUCUUCAGAAAGGGACCCAGCCACCUCGACUACCCGAUCAGCGAGGCUUUCGAAGGACCAAUCGACUCCACCCAUCGUCACACCGAUGUGGAAGGACUACCGUUGGCUUCUCACGUCCAGGUCUACCACCAUGGCCGCUCGGAUGUUGGAGAGCCAUCGCAUGUCGUCGUCGAAGAGAAAUCGGAAGUGCACGACAAGCCGACACUGGCCGACAAGUUCACUGGUCUCUUCAGAAAGGGACCCAGCCACCUCGACUACCCGAUCAGCGAGGCUUUCGAAGGACCAAUCGACUCCACCCAUCGUCAUACCGAUGUGGAAGGACUACCGUUGGCUUCUCACGUCCAGGUCUACCACCAUGGCCGCUCGGAUGUUGGAGAGCCAUCGCAUGUCGUCGUCGAAGAGAAAUCGGAAGUCGCACGACAAGCCGACGCUGGCCGACAAGUUCACUGCGAGGCUUUCGAAGGACCAAUCGACUCCACCCAUCGUCAUACCGAUGUGGAAGGACUACCGUUGGCUUCUCACGUCCAGGUCUACCACCAUGGCCGCUCGGAUGUUGGAGAGCCAUCGCAUGUCGUCGUCGAAGAGAAAUCGGAAGUGCACGACAAGCCGACACUGGCCGACAAGUUCACUGGUCUCUUCAGAAAGGGACCCAGCCACCUCGACUACCCGAUCAGCGAGGCUUUCGAAGGACCAAUCGACUCCACCCAUCGUCACACCGAUGUGGAAGGACUACCGUUGGCUUCUCACGUCCAGGUCUACCACCAUGGCCGCUCGGAUGUUGGAGAGCCAUCGCAUGUCGUCGUCGAAGAGAAAUCGGAAGUGCACGACAAGCCGACACUGGCCGACAAGUUCACUGGUCUCUUCAGAAAGGGACCCAGCCACCUCGACUACCCGAUCAGCGAGGCUUUCGAAGGACCAAUCGACUCCACCCAUCGUCACACCGAUGUGGAAGGACUACCGUUGGCUUCUCACGUCCAGGUCUACCACCAUGGCCGCUCGGAUGUUGGAGAGCCAUCGCAUGUCGUCGUCGAAGAGAAAUCGGAAGUGCACGACAAGCCGACACUGGCCGACAAGUUCACUGGUCUCUUCAGAAAGGGACCCAGCCACCUCGACUACCCGAUCAGCGAGGCUUUCGAAGGACCAAUCGACUCCACCCAUCGUCACACCGAUGUGGAAGGACUACCGUUGGCUUCUCACGUCCAGGUCUACCACCAUGGCCGCUCGGAUGUUGGAGAGCCAUCGCAUGUCGUCGUCGAAGAGAAAUCGGAAGUGCACGACAAGCCGACACUGGCCGACAAGUUCACUGGUCUCUUCAGAAAGGGACCCAGCCACCUCGACUACCCGAUCAGCGAGGCUUUCGAAGGACCAAUCGACUCCACCCAUCGUCACACCGAUGUGGAAGGACUACCGUUGGCUUCUCACGUCCAGGUCUACCACCAUGGCCGCUCGGAUGUUGGAGAGCCAUCGCAUGUCGUCGUCGAAGAGAAAUCGGAAGUGCACGACAAGCCGACACUGGCCGACAAGUUCACUGGUCUCUUCAGAAAGGGACCCAGCCACCUCGACUACCCGAUCAGCGAGGCUUUCGAAGGACCAAUCGACUCCACCCAUCGUCACACCGAUGUGGAAGGACUACCGUUGGCUUCUCACGUCCAGGUCUACCACCAUGGCCGCUCGGAUGUUGCAGAGCCAUCGCAUGUCGUCGUCGAAGAGAAAUCGGAAGUGCACGACAAGCCGACACUGGCCGACAAGUUCACUGGUCUCUUCAGAAAGGGACCCAGCCACCUCGACUACCCGAUCAGCGAGGCUUUCGAAGGACCAAUCGACUCCACCCAUCGUCACACCGAUGUGGAAGGACUACCGUUGGCUUCUCACGUCCAGGUCUACCACCAUGGCCGCUCGGAUGUUGGAGAGCCAUCGCAUGUCGUCGUCGAAGAGAAAUCGGAAGUCGCACGACAAGCCGACACUGGCCGACAAGACCAAUCGACUCCACCCAUCGUCACACCGAUGUGGAAGGACUACCGUUGGCUUCUCACGUCCAGGUCUACCACCAUGGCCGCUCGGAUGUUGGAGAGCCAUCGCAUGUCGUCGUCGAAGAGAAAUCGGAAGUCGCACGACAAGCCGACACUGGCCGACAAGUUCACUGGUCUCUUCAGAAAGGGACCCAGCCACCUCGACUACCCGAUCAGCGAGGCUUUCGAAGGACCAAUCGACUCCACCCAUCGUCACACCGAUGUGGAAGGACUACCGUUGGCUUCUCACGUCCAGGUCUACCACCAUGGCCGCUCGGAUGUUGGAGAGCCAUCGCAUGUCGUCGUCGAAGAGAAAUCGGAAGUGCACGACAAGCCGACACUGGCCGACAAGUUCACUGGUCUCUUCAGAAAGGGACCCAGCCACCUCGACUACCCGAUCAGCGAGGCAUUCGAAGGACCAAUCGACUCCACCCAUCGUCACACCGAUGUGGAAGGACUACCGUUGGCUUCUCACGUCCAGGUCUACCACCAUGGCCGCUCGGAUGUUGGAGAGCCAUCGCAUGUCGUCGUCGAAGAGAAAUCGGAAGUGCACGACAAGCCGACACUGGCCGACAAGUUCACUGGUCUCUUCAGAAAGGGACCCAGCCACCUCGACUACCCGAUCAGCGAGGCUUUCGAAGGACCAAUCGACUCCACCCAUCGUCACACCGAUGUGGAAGGACUACCGUUGGCUUCUCACGUCCAGGUCUACCACCAUGGCCGCUCGGAUGUGGCAGAGCCAUCGCAUGUCGUCGUCGAAGAGAAAUCGGAAGUGCACGACAAGCCGACACUGGCCGACAAGUUCACUGGUCUCUUCAGAAAGGGACCCAGCCACCUCGACUACCCGAUCAGCGAGGCAUUCGAAGGACCAAUCGACUCCACCCAUCGUCACACCGAUGUGGAAGGACUACCGUUGGCUUCUCACGUCCAGGUCUACCACCAUGGCCGCUCGGAUGUUGGAGAGCCAUCGCAUGUCGUCGUCGAAGAGAAAUCGGAAGUCGCACGACAAGCCGACACUGGCCGACAAGUUCACUGCGAGGCUUUCGAAGGACCAAUCGACUCCACCCAUCGUCACACCGAUGUGGAAGGACUACCGUUGGCUUCUCACGUCCAGGUCUACCACCAUGGCCGCUCGGAUGUUGGAGAGCCAUCGCAUGUCGUCGUCGAAGAGAAAUCGGAAGUGCACGACAAGCCGACACUGGCCGACAAGUUCACUGGUCUCUUCAGAAAGGGACCCAGCCACCUCGACUACCCGAUCAGCGAGGCUUUCGAAGGACCAAUCGACUCCACCCAUCGUCACACCGAUGUGGAAGGACUACCGUUGGCUUCUCACGUCCAGGUCUACCACCAUGGCCGCUCGGAUGUUGAGAGCCAUCGCAUGUCGUCGUCGAAGAGAAAUCGGAAAAAGGGACCCAGCCACCUCGACUACCCGAUCAGCGAGGCUUUCGAAGGACCAAUCGACUCCACCCAUCGUCACACCGAUGUGGAAGGACUACCGUUGGCUUCUCACGUCCAGGUCUACCACCAUGGCCGCUCGGAUGUUGCAGAGCCAUCGCAUGUCGUCGUCGAAGAGAAAUCGGAAGUGCACGACAAGCCGACACUGGCCGACAAGUUCACUGGUCUCUUCAGAAAGGGACCCAGCCACCUCGACUACCCGAUCAGCGAGGCUUUCGAAGGACCAAUCGACUCCACCCAUCGUCACACCGAUGUGGAAGGACUACCGUUGGCUUCUCACGUCCAGGUCUACCACCAUGGCCGCUCGGAUGUUGGAGAGCCAUCGCAUGUCGUCGUCGAAGAGAAAUCGGAAGUGCACGACAAGCCGACACUGGCCGACAAGUUCACUGGUCUCUUCAGAAAGGGACCCAGCCACCUCGACUACCCGAUCAGCGAGGCAUUCGAAGGACCAAUCGACUCCACCCAUCGUCACACCGAUGUGGAAGGACUACCGUUGGCUUCUCACGUCCAGGUCUACCACCAUGGCCGCUCGGAUGUUGGAGAGCCAUCGCAUGUCGUCGUCGAAGAGAAAUCGGAAGUCGCAGAGAAGCCGACGCUAGCCGACAAGUUCACUGGUCUCUUCAGAAAGGGACCCAGCCACCUCGACUACCCGAUCAGCGAGGCUUUCGAAGGACCAAUCGACUCCACCCAUCGUCACACCGAUGUGGAAGGACUACCGUUGGCUUCUCACGUCCAGGUCUACCACCAUGGCCGCUCGGAUGUUGGAGAGCCAUCGCAUGUCGUCGUCGAAGAGAAAUCGGAAGUGCACGACAAGCCGACACUGGCCGACAAGUUCACUGGUCUCUUCAGAAAGGGACCCAGCCACCUCGACUACCCGAUCAGCGAGGCAUUCGAAGGACCAAUCGACUCCACCCAUCGUCACACCGAUGUGGAAGGACUACCGUUGGCUUCUCACGUCCAGGUCUACCACCAUGGCCGCUCGGAUGUGCCUGAACCAUCGCAUGUCGUCGUCGAAGAGAAAUCGGAAGUGCACGACAAGCCGACACUGGCCGACAAGUUCACUGGUCUCUUCAGAAAGGGACCCAGCCACCUCGACUACCCGAUCAGCGAGGCAUUCGAAGGACCAAUCGACUCCACCCAUCGUCACACCGAUGUGGAAGGACUACCGUUGGCUUCUCACGUCCAGGUCUACCACCAUGGCCGCUCGGAUGUUGGAGAGCCAUCGCAUGUCGUCGUCGAAGAGAAAUCGGAAGUGCACGACAAGCCGACACUGGCCGACAAGUUCACUGGUCUCUUCAGAAAGGGACCCAGCCACCUCGACUACCCGAUCAGCGAGGCAUUCGAAGGACCAAUCGACUCCACCCAUCGUCACACCGAUGUGGAAGGACUACCGUUGGCUUCUCACGUCCAGGUCUACCACCAUGGCCGCUCGGAUGUUGGAGAGCCAUCGCAUGUCGUCGUCGAAGAGAAAUCGGAAGUGCACGACAAGCCGACACUGGCCGACAAGUUCACUGGUCUCUUCAGAAAGGGACCCAGCCACCUCGACUACCCGAUCAGCGAGGCAUUCGAAGGACCAAUCGACUCCACCCAUCGUCACACCGAUGUGGAAGGACUACCGUUGGCUUCUCACGUCCAGGUCUACCACCAUGGCCGCUCGGAUGUGCCUGAACCAUCGCAUGUCGUCGUCGAAGAGAAAUCGGAAGUGCACGACAAGCCGACACUGGCCGACAAGUUCACUGGUCUCUUCAGAAAGGGACCCAGCCACCUCGACUACCCGAUCAGCGAGGCAUUCGAAGGACCAAUCGACUCCACCCAUCGUCACACCGAUGUGGAAGGACUACCGUUGGCUUCUCACGUCCAGGUCUACCACCAUGGCCGCUCGGAUGUUGGAGAGCCAUCGCAUGUCGUCGUCGAAGAGAAAUCGGAAGUCGCAGAGAAGCCGACGCUAGCCGACAAGUUCACUGGUCUCUUCAGAAAGGGACCCAGCCACCUCGACUACCCGAUCAGCGAGGCAUUCGAAGGACCAAUCGACUCCACCCAUCGUCACACCGAUGUGGAAGGACUACCGUUGGCUUCUCACGUCCAGGUCUACCACCAUGGCCGCUCGGAUGUUGGAGAGCCAUCGCAUGUCGUCGUCGAAGAGAAAUCGGAAGUGCACGACAAGCCGACACUGGCCGACAAGUUCACUGGUCUCUUCAGAAAGGGACCCAGCCACCUCGACUACCCGAUCAGCGAGGCAUUCGAAGGACCAAUCGACUCCACCCAUCGUCACACCGAUGUGGAAGGACUACCGUUGGCUUCUCACGUCCAGGUCUACCACCAUGGCCGCUCGGAUGUGGCAGAGCCAUCGCAUGUCGUCGUCGAAGAGAAAUCGGAAGUGCACGACAAGCCGACACUGGCCGACAAGUUCACUGGUCUCUUCAGAAAGGGACCCAGCCACCUCGACUACCCGAUCAGCGAGGCAUUCGAAGGACCAAUCGACUCCACCCAUCGUCACACCGAUGUGGAAGGACUACCGUUGGCUUCUCACGUCCAGGUCUACCACCAUGGCCGCUCGGAUGUUGCAGAGCCAUCGCAUGUCGUCGUCGAAGAGAAAUCGGAAGUGCACGACAAGCCGACACUGGCCGACAAGUUCACUGGUCUCUUCAGAAAGGGACCCAGCCACCUCGACUACCCGAUCAGCGAGGCAUUCGAAGGACCAAUCGACUCCACCCAUCGUCACACCGAUGUGGAAGGACUACCGUUGGCUUCUCACGUCCAGGUCUACCACCAUGGCCGCUCGGAUGUGCCUGAACCAUCGCAUGUCGUCGUUGAAGAGAAAUCGGAAGUGCACGACAAGCCGACACUGGCCGACAAGUUCACUGGUCUCUUCAGAAAGGGACCCAGCCACCUCGACUACCCGAUCAGCGAGGCAUUCGAAGGACCAAUCGACUCCACCCAUCGUCACACCGAUGUGGAAGGACUACCGUUGGCUUCUCACGUCCAGGUCUACCACCAUGGCCGCUCGGAUGUUGGAGAGCCAUCGCAUGUCGUCGUCGAAGAGAAAUCGGAAGUCGCAGAGAAGCCGACGCUGGCCGACAAGUUCACUGGUCUCUUCAGAAAGGGACCCAGCCACCUCGACUACCCGAUCAGCGAGGCAUUCGAAGGACCAAUCGACUCCACCCAUCGUCACACCGAUGUGGAAGGACUACCGUUGGCUUCUCACGUCCAGGUCUACCACCAUGGCCGCUCGGAUGUUGGAGAGCCAUCGCAUGUCGUCGUCGAAGAGAAAUCGGAAGUGCACGACAAGCCGACACUGGCCGACAAGUUCACUGGUCUCUUCAGAAAGGGACCCAGCCACCUCGACUACCCGAUCAGCGAGGCAUUCGAAGGACCAAUCGACUCCACCCAUCGUCACACCGAUGUGGAAGGACUACCGUUGGCUUCUCACGUCCAGGUCUACCACCAUGGCCGCUCGGAUGUUGGAGAGCCAUCGCAUGUCGUCGUCGAAGAGAAAUCGGAAGUGCACGACAAGCCGACACUGGCCGACAAGUUCACUGGUCUCUUCAGAAAGGGACCCAGCCACCUCGACUACCCGAUCAGCGAGGCAUUCGAAGGACCAAUCGACUCCACCCAUCGUCACACCGAUGUGGAAGGACUACCGUUGGCUUCUCACGUCCAGGUCUACCACCAUGGCCGCUCGGAUGUGGCUGAGCCAUCGCAUGUCGUCGUCGAAGAGAAAUCGGAAGUGCACGACAAGCCGACACUGGCCGACAAGUUCACUGGUCUCUUCAGAAAGGGACCCAGCCACCUCGACUACCCGAUCAGCGAGGCAUUCGAAGGACCAAUCGACUCCACCCAUCGUCACACCGAUGUGGAAGGACUACCGUUGGCUUCUCACGUCCAGGUCUACCACCAUGGCCGCUCGGAUGUUGGAGAGCCAUCGCAUGUCGUCGUCGAAGAGAAAUCGGAAGUCGCAGAGAAGCCGACACUGGCCGACAAGUUCACUGGUCUCUUCAGAAAGGGACCCAGCCACCUCGACUACCCGAUCAGCGAGGCAUUCGAAGGACCAAUCGACUCCACCCAUCGUCACACCGAUGUGGAAGGACUACCGUUGGCUUCUCACGUCCAGGUCUACCACCAUGGCCGCUCGGAUGUGCCUGAGCCAUCGCAUGUCGUCGUCGAAGAGAAAUCGGAAGUGCACGACAAGCCGACACUGGCCGACAAGUUCACUGGUCUCUUCAGAAAGGGACCCAGCCACCUCGACUACCCGAUCAGCGAGGCAUUCGAAGGACCAAUCGACUCCACCCAUCGUCACACCGAUGUGGAAGGACUACCGUUGGCUUCUCACGUCCAGGUCUACCACCAUGGCCGCUCGGAUGUUGGAGAGCCAUCGCAUGUCGUCGUCGAAGAGAAAUCGGAAGUGCACGACAAGCCGACACUGGCCGACAAGUUCACUGGUCUCUUCAGAAAGGGACCCAGCCACCUCGACUACCCGAUCAGCGAGGCAUUCGAAGGACCAAUCGACUCCACCCAUCGUCACACCGAUGUGGAAGGACUACCGUUGGCUUCUCACGUCCAGGUCUACCACCAUGGCCGCUCGGAUGUUGGAGAGCCAUCGCAUGUCGUCGUCGAAGAGAAAUCGGAAGUGCACGACAAGCCGACACUGGCCGACAAGUUCACUGGUCUCUUCAGAAAGGGACCCAGCCACCUCGACUACCCGAUCAGCGAGGCAUUCGAAGGACCAAUCGACUCCACCCAUCGUCACACCGAUGUGGAAGGACUACCGUUGGCUUCUCACGUCCAGGUCUACCACCAUGGCCGCUCGGAUGUUGGAGAGCCAUCGCAUGUCGUCGUCGAAGAGAAAUCGGAAGUGCACGACAAGCCGACACUGGCCGACAAGUUCACUGGUCUCUUCAGAAAGGGACCCAGCCACCUCGACUACCCGAUCAGCGAGGCAUUCGAAGGACCAAUCGACUCCACCCAUCGUCACACCGAUGUGGAAGGACUACCGUUGGCUUCUCACGUCCAGGUCUACCACCAUGGCCGCUCGGAUGUUGGAGAGCCAUCGCAUGUCGUCGUCGAAGAGAAAUCGGAAGUGCACGACAAGCCGACACUGGCCGACAAGUUCACUGGUCUCUUCAGAAAGGGACCCAGCCACCUCGACUACCCGAUCAGCGAGGCAUUCGAAGGACCAAUCGACUCCACCCAUCGUCACACCGAUGUGGAAGGACUACCGUUGGCUUCUCACGUCCAGGUCUACCACCAUGGCCGCUCGGAUGUUGGAGAGCCAUCGCAUGUCGUCGUCGAAGAGAAAUCGGAAGUGCACGACAAGCCGACACUGGCCGACAAGUUCACUGGUCUCUUCAGAAAGGGACCCAGCCACCUCGACUACCCGAUCAGCGAGGCAUUCGAAGGACCAAUCGACUCCACCCAUCGUCACACCGAUGUGGAAGGACUACCGUUGGCUUCUCACGUCCAGGUCUACCACCAUGGCCGCUCGGAUGUUGGAGAGCCAUCGCAUGUCGUCGUCGAAGAGAAAUCGGAAGUGCACGACAAGCCGACACUGGCCGACAAGUUCACUGGUCUCUUCAGAAAGGGACCCAGCCACCUCGACUACCCGAUCAGCGAGGCAUUCGAAGGACCAAUCGACUCCACCCAUCGUCACACCGAUGUGGAAGGACUACCGUUGGCUUCUCACGUCCAGGUCUACCACCAUGGCCGCUCGGAUGUUGCAGAGCCAUCGCAUGUCGUCGUCGAAGAGAAAUCGGAAGUGCACGACAAGCCGACACUGGCCGACAAGUUCACUGGUCUCUUCAGAAAGGGACCCAGCCACCUCGACUACCCGAUCAGCGAGGCAUUCGAAGGACCAAUCGACUCCACCCAUCGUCACACCGAUGUGGAAGGACUACCGUUGGCUUCUCACGUCCAGGUCUACCACCAUGGCCGCUCGGAUGUUGGAGAGCCAUCGCAUGUCGUCGUCGAAGAGAAAUCGGAAGUGCACGACAAGCCGACACUGGCCGACAAGUUCACUGGUCUCUUCAGAAAGGGACCCAGCCACCUCGACUACCCGAUCAGCGAGGCAUUCGAAGGACCAAUCGACUCCACCCAUCGUCACACCGAUGUGGAAGGACUACCGUUGGCUUCUCACGUCCAGGUCUACCACCAUGGCCGCUCGGAUGUUGGAGAGCCAUCGCAUGUCGUCGUCGAAGAGAAAUCGGAAGUCGCACGACAAGCCGACACUGGCCGACAAGUUCACUGCGAGGCAUUCGAAGGACCAAUCGACUCCACCCAUCGUCACACCGAUGUGGAAGGACUACCGUUGGCUUCUCACGUCCAGGUCUACCACCAUGGCCGCUCGGAUGUUGGAGAGCCAUCGCAUGUCGUCGUCGAAGAGAAAUCGGAAGUGCACGACAAGCCGACACUGGCCGACAAGUUCACUGGUCUCUUCAGAAAGGGACCCAGCCACCUCGACUACCCGAUCAGCGAGGCAUUCGAAGGACCAAUCGACUCCACCCAUCGUCACACCGAUGUGGAAGGACUACCGUUGGCUUCUCACGUCCAGGUCUACCACCAUGGCCGCUCGGAUGUUGGAGAGCCAUCGCAUGUCGUCGUCGAAGAGAAAUCGGAAGUGCACGACAAGCCGACACUGGCCGACAAGUUCACUGGUCUCUUCAGAAAGGGACCCAGCCACCUCGACUACCCGAUCAGCGAGGCAUUCGAAGGACCAAUCGACUCCACCCAUCGUCACACCGAUGUGGAAGGACUACCGUUGGCUUCUCACGUCCAGGUCUACCACCAUGGCCGCUCGGAUGUGCCUGAACCAUCGCAUGUCGUCGUUGAAGAGAAAUCGGAAGUGCACGACAAGCCGACACUGGCCGACAAGUUCACUGGUCUCUUCAGAAAGGGACCCAGCCACCUCGACUACCCGAUCAGCGAGGCAUUCGAAGGACCAAUCGACUCCACCCAUCGUCACACCGAUGUGGAAGGACUACCGUUGGCUUCUCACGUCCAGGUCUACCACCAUGGCCGCUCGGAUGUUGGAGAGCCAUCGCAUGUCGUCGUCGAAGAGAAAUCGGAAGUCGCAGAGAAGCCGACGCUAGCCGACAAGUUCACUGGUCUCUUCAGAAAGGGACCCAGCCACCUCGACUACCCGAUCAGCGAGGCAUUCGAAGGACCAAUCGACUCCACCCAUCGUCACACCGAUGUGGAAGGACUACCGUUGGCUUCUCACGUCCAGGUCUACCACCAUGGCCGCUCGGAUGUGCCAGAGCCAUCGCAUGUCGUCGUCGAAGAGAAAUCGGAAGUGCACGACAAGCCGACACUGGCCGACAAGUUCACUGGUCUCUUCAGAAAGGGACCCAGCCACCUCGACUACCCGAUCAGCGAGGCAUUCGAAGGACCAAUCGACUCCACCCAUCGUCACACCGAUGUGGAAGGACUACCGUUGGCUUCUCACGUCCAGGUCUACCACCAUGGCCGCUCGGAUGUUGCAGAGCCAUCGCAUGUCGUCGUCGAAGAGAAAUCGGAAGUCGCACGACAAGCCGACACUGGCCGACAAGUUCACUGCGAGGCAUUCGAAGGACCAAUCGACUCCACCCAUCGUCACACCGAUGUGGAAGGACUACCGUUGGCUUCUCACGUCCAGGUCUACCACCAUGGCCGCUCGGAUGUUGGAGAGCCAUCGCAUGUCGUCGUCGAAGAGAAAUCGGAAGUCGCAGACAAGCCGACACUGGCCGACAAGUUCACUGCGAGGCAUUCGAAGGACCAAUCGACUCCACCCAUCGUCACACCGAUGUGGAAGGACUACCGUUGGCUUCUCACGUCCAGGUCUACCACCAUGGCCGCUCGGAUGUUGGAGAGCCAUCGCAUGUCGUCGUCGAAGAGAAAUCGGAAGUCGCACGACAAGCCGACACUAGCCGACAAGUUCACUGGUCUCUUCAGAAAGGGACCCAGCCACCUCGACUACCCGAUCAGCGAGGCAUUCGAAGGACCAAUCGACUCCACCCAUCGUCACACCGAUGUGGAAGGACUACCGUUGGCUUCUCACGUCCAGGUCUACCACCAUGGCCGCUCGGAUGUGGCAGAACCAUCGCAUGUCGUCGUCGAAGAGAAAUCGGAAGUGCACGACAAGCCGACACUGGCCGACAAGUUCACUGGUCUCUUCAGAAAGGGACCCAGCCACCUCGACUACCCGAUCAGCGAGGCAUUCGAAGGACCAAUCGACUCCACCCAUCGUCACACCGAUGUGGAAGGACUACCGUUGGCUUCUCACGUCCAGGUCUACCACCAUGGCCGCUCGGAUGUUGGAGAGCCAUCGCAUGUCGUCGUCGAAGAGAAAUCGGAAGUCGCAGACAAGCCGACGCUAGCCGACAAGUUCACUGGUCUCUUCAGAAAGGGACCCAGCCACCUCGACUACCCGAUCAGCGAGGCAUUCGAAGGACCAAUCGACUCCACCCAUCGUCACACCGAUGUGGAAGGACUACCGUUGGCUUCUCACGUCCAGGUCUACCACCAUGGCCGCUCGGAUGUUGGAGAGCCAUCGCAUGUCGUCGUCGAAGAGAAAUCGGAAGUGCACGACAAGCCGACACUGGCCGACAAGUUCACUGGUCUCUUCAGAAAGGGACCCAGCCACCUCGACUACCCGAUCAGCGAGGCAUUCGAAGGACCAAUCGACUCCACCCAUCGUCACACCGAUGUGGAAGGACUACCGUUGGCUUCUCACGUCCAGGUCUACCACCAUGGCCGCUCGGAUGUUGGAGAGCCAUCGCAUGUCGUCGUCGAAGAGAAAUCGGAAGUCGCAGACAAGCCGACGCUGGCCGACAAGUUCACUGGUCUCUUCAGAAAGGGACCCAGCCACCUCGACUACCCGAUCAGCGAGGCAUUCGAAGGACCAAUCGACUCCACCCAUCGUCACACCGAUGUGGAAGGACUACCGUUGGCUUCUCACGUCCAGGUCUACCACCAUGGCCGCUCGGAUGUUGGAGAGCCAUCGCAUGUCGUCGUCGAAGAGAAAUCGGAAGUCGCAGAGAAGCCGACACUGGCCGACAAGUUCACUGGUCUCUUCAGAAAGGGACCCAGCCACCUCGACUACCCGAUCAGCGAGGCAUUCGAAGGACCAAUCGACUCCACCCAUCGUCACACCGAUGUGGAAGGACUACCGUUGGCUUCUCACGUCCAGGUCUACCACCAUGGCCGCUCGGAUGUUGGAGAGCCAUCGCAUGUCGUCGUCGAAGAGAAAUCGGAAGUGCACGACAAGCCGACACUGGCCGACAAGUUCACUGGUCUCUUCAGAAAGGGACCCAGCCACCUCGACUACCCGAUCAGCGAGGCAUUCGAAGGACCAAUCGACUCCACCCAUCGUCACACCGAUGUGGAAGGACUACCGUUGGCUUCUCACGUCCAGGUCUACCACCAUGGCCGCUCGGAUGUUGGAGAGCCAUCGCAUGUCGUCGUCGAAGAGAAAUCGGAAGUCGCACGACAAGCCGACACUGGCCGACAAGUUCACUGCGAGGCAUUCGAAGGACCAAUCGACUCCACCCAUCGUCACACCGAUGUGGAAGGACUACCGUUGGCUUCUCACGUCCAGGUCUACCACCAUGGCCGCUCGGAUGUUGGAGAGCCAUCGCAUGUCGUCGUCGAAGAGAAAUCGGAAGUGCACGACAAGCCGACACUGGCCGACAAGUUCACUGGUCUCUUCAGAAAGGGACCCAGCCACCUCGACUACCCGAUCAGCGAGGCAUUCGAAGGACCAAUCGACUCCACCCAUCGUCACACCGAUGUGGAAGGACUACCGUUGGCUUCUCACGUCCAGGUCUACCACCAUGGCCGCUCGGAUGUUGGAGAGCCAUCGCAUGUCGUCGUCGAAGAGAAAUCGGAAGUGCACGACAAGCCGACACUGGCCGACAAGUUCACUGGUCUCUUCAGAAAGGGACCCAGCCACCUCGACUACCCGAUCAGCGAGGCAUUCGAAGGACCAAUCGACUCCACCCAUCGUCACACCGAUGUGGAAGGACUACCGUUGGCUUCUCACGUCCAGGUCUACCACCAUGGCCGCUCGGAUGUUGGAGAGCCAUCGCAUGUCGUCGUCGAAGAGAAAUCGGAAGUGCACGACAAGCCGACACUGGCCGACAAGUUCACUGGUCUCUUCAGAAAGGGACCCAGCCACCUCGACUACCCGAUCAGCGAGGCAUUCGAAGGACCAAUCGACUCCACCCAUCGUCACACCGAUGUGGAAGGACUACCGUUGGCUUCUCACGUCCAGGUCUACCACCAUGGCCGCUCGGAUGUUGGAGAGCCAUCGCAUGUCGUCGUCGAAGAGAAAUCGGAAGUGCACGACAAGCCGACACUGGCCGACAAGUUCACUGGUCUCUUCAGAAAGGGACCCAGCCACCUCGACUACCCGAUCAGCGAGGCAUUCGAAGGACCAAUCGACUCCACCCAUCGUCACACCGAUGUGGAAGGACUACCGUUGGCUUCUCACGUCCAGGUCUACCACCAUGGCCGCUCGGAUGUUGCAGAGCCAUCGCAUGUCGUCGUCGAAGAGAAAUCGGAAGUGCACGACAAGCCGACACUGGCCGACAAGUUCACUGGUCUCUUCAGAAAGGGACCCAGCCACCUCGACUACCCGAUCAGCGAGGCAUUCGAAGGACCAAUCGACUCCACCCAUCGUCACACCGAUGUGGAAGGACUACCGUUGGCUUCUCACGUCCAGGUCUACCACCAUGGCCGCUCGGAUGUUGGAGAGCCAUCGCUUGUCGUCGUCGAAGAGAAAUCGGAAGUGCACGACAAGCCGACACUGGCCGACAAGUUCACUGGUCUCUUCAGAAAGGGACCCAGCCACCUCGACUACCCGAUCAGCGAGGCAUUCGAAGGACCAAUCGACUCCACCCAUCGUCACACCGAUGUGGAAGGACUACCGUUGGCUUCUCACGUCCAGGUCUACCACCAUGGCCGCUCGGAUGUUGGAGAGCCAUCGCAUGUCGUCGUCGAAGAGAAAUCGGAAGUGCACGACAAGCCGACACUGGCCGACAAGUUCACUGGUCUCUUCAGAAAGGGACCCAGCCACCUCGACUACCCGAUCAGCGAGGCAUUCGAAGGACCAAUCGACUCCACCCAUCGUCACACCGAUGUGGAAGGACUACCGUUGGCUUCUCACGUCCAGGUCUACCACCAUGGCCGCUCGGAUGUUGGAGAGCCAUCGCAUGUCGUCGUCGAAGAGAAAUCGGAAGUGCACGACAAGCCGACACUGGCCGACAAGUUCACUGGUCUCUUCAGAAAGGGACCCAGCCACCUCGACUACCCGAUCAGCGAGGCAUUCGAAGGACCAAUCGACUCCACCCAUCGUCACACCGAUGUGGAAGGACUACCGUUGGCUUCUCACGUCCAGGUCUACCACCAUGGCCGCUCGGAUGUUGGAGAGCCAUCGCAUGUCGUCGUCGAAGAGAAAUCGGAAGUCGCACGACAAGCCGACACUGGCCGACAAGUUCACUGGCAUUCGAAGGACCAAUCGACUCCACCCAUCGUCACACCGAUGUGGAAGGACUACCGUUGGCUUCUCACGUCCAGGUCUACCACCAUGGCCGCUCGGAUGUUGGAGAGCCAUCGCAUGUCGUCGUCGAAGAGAAAUCGGAAGUCGCACGAGAAGCCGACACUGGCCGACAAGUUCACUGGUCUCUUCAGAAAGGGACCCAGCCACCUCGACUACCCGAUCAGCGAGGCAUUCGAAGGACCAAUCGACUCCACCCAUCGUCACACCGAUGUGGAAGGACUACCGUUGGCUUCUCACGUCCAGGUCUACCACCAUGGCCGCUCGGAUGUUGGAGAGCCAUCGCAUGUCGUCGUCGAAGAGAAAUCGGAAGUGCACGACAAGCCGACACUGGCCGACAAGUUCACUGGUCUCUUCAGAAAGGGACCCAGCCACCUCGACUACCCGAUCAGCGAGGCAUUCGAAGGACCAAUCGACUCCACCCAUCGUCACACCGAUGUGGAAGGACUACCGUUGGCUUCUCACGUCCAGGUCUACCACCAUGGCCGCUCGGAUGUUGGAGAGCCAUCGCAUGUCGUCGUCGAAGAGAAAUCGGAAGUGCACGACAAGCCGACACUGGCCGACAAGUUCACUGGUCUCUUCAGAAAGGGACCCAGCCACCUCGACUACCCGAUCAGCGAGGCAUUCGAAGGACCAAUCGACUCCACCCAUCGUCACACCGAUGUGGAAGGACUACCGUUGGCUUCUCACGUCCAGGUCUACCACCAUGGCCGCUCGGAUGUUGGAGAGCCAUCGCAUGUCGUCGUCGAAGAGAAAUCGGAAGUGCACGACAAGCCGACACUGGCCGACAAGUUCACUGGUCUCUUCAGAAAGGGACCCAGCCACCUCGACUACCCGAUCAGCGAGGCAUUCGAAGGACCAAUCGACUCCACCCAUCGUCACACCGAUGUGGAAGGACUACCGUUGGCUUCUCACGUCCAGGUCUACCACCAUGGCCGCUCGGAUGUUGGAGAGCCAUCGCAUGUCGUCGUCGAAGAGAAAUCGGAAGUGCACGACAAGCCGACACUGGCCGACAAGUUCACUGGUCUCUUCAGAAAGGGACCCAGCCACCUCGACUACCCGAUCAGCGAGGCAUUCGAAGGACCAAUCGACUCCACCCAUCGUCACACCGAUGUGGAAGGACUACCGUUGGCUUCUCACGUCCAGGUCUACCACCAUGGCCGCUCGGAUGUUGGAGAGCCAUCGCAUGUCGUCGUCGAAGAGAAAUCGGAAGUGCACGACAAGCCGACACUGGCCGACAAGUUCACUGGUCUCUUCAGAAAGGGACCCAGCCACCUCGACUACCCGAUCAGCGAGGCAUUCGAAGGACCAAUCGACUCCACCCAUCGUCACACCGAUGUGGAAGGACUACCGUUGGCUUCUCACGUCCAGGUCUACCACCAUGGCCGCUCGGAUGUUGGAGAGCCAUCGCAUGUCGUCGUCGAAGAGAAAUCGGAAGUCGCACGACAAGCCGACACUGGCCGACAAGUUCACUGCGAGGCAUUCGAAGGACCAAUCGACUCCACCCAUCGUCACACCGAUGUGGAAGGACUACCGUUGGCUUCUCACGUCCAGGUCUACCACCAUGGCCGCUCGGAUGUUGGAGAGCCAUCGCAUGUCGUCGUCGAAGAGAAAUCGGAAGUGCACGACAAGCCGACACUGGCCGACAAGUUCACUGGUCUCUUCAGAAAGGGACCCAGCCACCUCGACUACCCGAUCAGCGAGGCAUUCGAAGGACCAAUCGACUCCACCCAUCGUCACACCGAUGUGGAAGGACUACCGUUGGCUUCUCACGUCCAGGUCUACCACCAUGGCCGCUCGGAUGUUGGAGAGCCAUCGCAUGUCGUCGUCGAAGAGAAAUCGGAAGUGCACGACAAGCCGACACUGGCCGACAAGUUCACUGGUCUCUUCAGAAAGGGACCCAGCCACCUCGACUACCCGAUCAGCGAGGCAUUCGAAGGACCAAUCGACUCCACCCAUCGUCACACCGAUGUGGAAGGACUACCGUUGGCUUCUCACGUCCAGGUCUACCACCAUGGCCGCUCGGAUGUUGGAGAGCCAUCGCAUGUCGUCGUCGAAGAGAAAUCGGAAGUGCACGACAAGCCGACACUGGCCGACAAGUUCACUGGUCUCUUCAGAAAGGGACCCAGCCACCUCGACUACCCGAUCAGCGAGGCAUUCGAAGGACCAAUCGACUCCACCCAUCGUCACACCGAUGUGGAAGGACUACCGUUGGCUUCUCACGUCCAGGUCUACCACCAUGGCCGCUCGGAUGUUGGAGAGCCAUCGCAUGUCGUCGUCGAAGAGAAAUCGGAAGUCGCAGAGAAGCCGACGCUAGCCGACAAGUUCACUGGUCUCUUCAGAAAGGGACCCAGCCACCUCGACUACCCGAUCAGCGAGGCAUUCGAAGGACCAAUCGACUCCACCCAUCGUCACACCGAUGUGGAAGGACUACCGUUGGCUUCUCACGUCCAGGUCUACCACCAUGGCCGCUCGGAUGUUGGAGAGCCAUCGCAUGUCGUCGUCGAAGAGAAAUCGGAAGUGCACGACAAGCCGACACUGGCCGACAAGUUCACUGGUCUCUUCAGAAAGGGACCCAGCCACCUCGACUACCCGAUCAGCGAGGCAUUCGAAGGACCAAUCGACUCCACCCAUCGUCACACCGAUGUGGAAGGACUACCGUUGGCUUCUCACGUCCAGGUCUACCACCAUGGCCGCUCGGAUGUUGGAGAGCCAUCGCAUGUCGUCGUCGAAGAGAAAUCGGAAGUGCACGACAAGCCGACACUGGCCGACAAGUUCACUGGUCUCUUCAGAAAGGGACCCAGCCACCUCGACUACCCGAUCAGCGAGGCAUUCGAAGGACCAAUCGACUCCACCCAUCGUCACACCGAUGUGGAAGGACUACCGUUGGCUUCUCACGUCCAGGUCUACCACCAUGGCCGCUCGGAUGUUGGAGAGCCAUCGCAUGUCGUCGUCGAAGAGAAAUCGGAAGUGCACGACAAGCCGACACUGGCCGACAAGUUCACUGGUCUCUUCAGAAAGGGACCCAGCCACCUCGACUACCCGAUCAGCGAGGCAUUCGAAGGACCAAUCGACUCCACCCAUCGUCACACCGAUGUGGAAGGACUACCGUUGGCUUCUCACGUCCAGGUCUACCACCAUGGCCGCUCGGAUGUUGGAGAGCCAUCGCAUGUCGUCGUCGAAGAGAAAUCGGAAGUGCACGACAAGCCGACACUGGCCGACAAGUUCACUGGUCUCUUCAGAAAGGGACCCAGCCACCUCGACUACCCGAUCAGCGAGGCAUUCGAAGGACCAAUCGACUCCACCCAUCGUCACACCGAUGUGGAAGGACUACCGUUGGCUUCUCACGUCCAGGUCUACCACCAUGGCCGCUCGGAUGUUGGAGAGCCAUCGCAUGUCGUCGUCGAAGAGAAAUCGGAAGUGCACGACAAGCCGACACUGGCCGACAAGUUCACUGGUCUCUUCAGAAAGGGACCCAGCCACCUCGACUACCCGAUCAGCGAGGCAUUCGAAGGACCAAUCGACUCCACCCAUCGUCACACCGAUGUGGAAGGACUACCGUUGGCUUCUCACGUCCAGGUCUACCACCAUGGCCGCUCGGAUGUUGGAGAGCCAUCGCAUGUCGUCGUCGAAGAGAAAUCGGAAGUGCACGACAAGCCGACACUGGCCGACAAGUUCACUGGUCUCUUCAGAAAGGGACCCAGCCACCUCGACUACCCGAUCGGCGAGGCAUUCGAAGGACCAAUCGACUCCACCCAUCGUCACACCGAUGUGGAAGGACUACCGUUGGCUUCUCACGUCCAGGUCUACCACCAUGGCCGCUCGGAUGUUGGAGAGCCAUCGCAUGUCGUCGUCGAAGAGAAAUCGGAAGUCGCACGACAAGCCGACACUGGCCGACAAGUUCACUGCGAGGCAUUCGAAGGACCAAUCGACUCCACCCAUCGUCACACCGAUGUGGAAGGACUACCGUUGGCUUCUCACGUCCAGGUCUACCACCAUGGCCGCUCGGAUGUUGGAGAGCCAUCGCUUGUCGUCGUCGAAGAGAAAUCGGAAGUGCACGACAAGCCGACACUGGCCGACAAGUUCACUGGUCUCUUCAGAAAGGGACCCAGCCACCUCGACUACCCGAUCAGCGAGGCUUUCGAAGGACCAAUCGACUCCACCCAUCGUCACACCGAUGUGGAAGGACUACCGUUGGCUUCUCACGUCCAGGUCUACCACCAUGGCCGCUCGGAUGUUGGAGAGCCAUCGCAUGUCGUCGUCGAAGAGAAAUCGGAAGUGCACGACAAGCCGACACUGGCCGACAAGUUCACUGGUCUCUUCAGAAAGGGACCCAGCCACCUCGACUACCCGAUCAGCGAGGCAUUCGAAGGACCAAUCGACUCCACCCAUCGUCACACCGAUGUGGAAGGACUACCGUUGGCUUCUCACGUCCAGGUCUACCACCAUGGCCGCUCGGAUGUUGGAGAGCCAUCGCAUGUCGUCGUCGAAGAGAAAUCGGAAGUCGCACGACAAGCCGACACUGGCCGACAAGUUCACUGGUCUCUUCAGAAAGGGACCCAGCCACCUCGACUACCCGAUCAGCGAGGCAUUCCGAAGGACCAAUCGACUCCACCCAUCGUCACACCGAUGUGGAAGGACUACCGUUGGCUUCUCACGUCCAGGUCUACCACCAUGGCCGCUCGGAUGUUGGAGAGCCAUCGCAUGUCGUCGUCGAAGAGAAAUCGGAAGUGCACGACAAGCCGACACUGGCCGACAAGUUCACUGGUCUCUUCAGAAAGGGACCCAGCCACCUCGACUACCCGAUCAGCGAGGCAUUCGAAGGACCAAUCGACUCCACCCAUCGUCACACCGAUGUGGAAGGACUACCGUUGGCUUCUCACGUCCAGGUCUACCACCAUGGCCGCUCGGAUGUCCCAGAACCAUCGCAUGUCGUCGUCGAAGAGAAAUCGGAAGUGCACGACAAGCCGACACUGGCCGACAAGUUCACUGGUCUCUUCAGAAAGGGACCCAGCCACCUCGACUACCCGAUCAGCGAGGCAUUCGAAGGACCAAUCGACUCCACCCAUCGUCACACCGAUGUGGAAGGACUACCGUUGGCUUCUCACGUCCAGGUCUACCACCAUGGCCGCUCGGAUGUCGGAGAGCCAUCGCAUGUCGUCGUCGAAGAGAAAUCGGAAGUCGCACGACAAGCCGACACUGGCCGACAAGUUCACUGGUCUCUUCAGAAAGGGACCCAGCCACCUCGACUACCCGAUCAGCGAGGCAUUCGAAGGACCAAUCGACUCCACCCAUCGUCACACCGAUGUGGAAGGACUACCGUUGGCUUCUCACGUCCAGGUCUACCACCAUGGCCGCUCGGAUGUGCCAGAGCCAUCGCAUGUCGUCGUCGAAGAGAAAUCGGAAGUGCACGACAAGCCGACACUGGCCGACAAGUUCACUGGUCUCUUCAGAAAGGGACCCAGCCACCUCGACUACCCGAUCAGCGAGGCAUUCGAAGGACCAAUCGACUCCACCCAUCGUCACACCGAUGUGGAAGGACUACCGUUGGCUUCUCACGUCCAGGUCUACCACCAUGGCCGCUCGGAUGUCGGAGAGCCAUCUAUGGUUAUUGAUGCGAAUACGGAAGCCGAGGAAAGGCUCCCGCACUUGGAGGAACCCACACUGAAGACUCCGUCAAAAUCACACUCGGAAACUCAAAAUGUAAAAUCUGGCUCAACUGUCCUAGAGCAUCACCAUGCUUAUCGGCCAACAGUGCAAGAAACUGAGUAUGACUACGUGAGAGGCGCGGACGGGCAACUGUCUCGGAUUGGAGAGAAGCACGAGGCUAGGCCUGGGGAAGUACUGAAUCAGUUGAGCCACGGGACAACUGAAUGGCUGGAACGGGAACCUGGCGCUCCGGAAGACAAGGAAUCGGAGCUGUGGCGCCACUAUUACAAGAAGCAGGAAGAACGCGAUCGAUAUUUGCGCCAGAUGUCAUCACCAAGAAAUGGAGACGAGAUGCGGAUACAGCGCAAUCCCUUGGAAUUGAAUAUCGAAACAUUAGCUUCAGGCGGUCAAUCGGCGCCCUCGCCCCUCGGGUUCUCUGUGGCGUUGCGGGCGCAUAGCCCCGACGUGAGCCGAGGGCGGGUUGAGGAGAGGAUGACGCGGGCCUCGGAGACGGAUCUACGCGGAAGGCGUAGAGAACGACGGCUGAGUCCACACCACUGGACGACGGUACAUGAGAGGACCACGAUCUCCUACAUCAAGCGGAUGCAUCUGGAGAGACUGCAGGACCGCACGCAUUCAAGAAGUGAGCCUCCGAUCUCCAAAUGGCAGACGAGGCAAUCCCGGACGCUGGAUUACACGACACGGCCGAGAGAACGGUCACGUGAAGAAGAUUGGAGGAGUCUGGUGCACCACCCCAUUCUCCCUCCGCGAAACUACUCAAUGGAGGAGAAGUCGAGGGCCAGAAUCCAAGAUUACCAAGGAUCCACGAAGGCCACCCGCCGGGCCACUCAAGAAUAUCCGGCUCGGCAGACGACCUACAUCGGCGCGGCAACGGCUCGACCAUCCUACUACACCCACACGGAGCACCGGGUGUACAAGGUACCUCACGGUACGGUCAAGGAAAUUGCCGCCAUCGAUCGAACGGAACUAUACGAACGGCGAGACACGCAUCACCAUACGACCAACAGUGCCCGUUCGUCGAACAUGCAAACGCUGCGUCAGCAGAAAGUUGUAGCAAAGCUGCGACACGACGAUCAGCGAAAUACCGACUAUUUGGUUUAUCAGCGAAGUGGCUUGAACGAACGCCCGAUUGAGCAACGGAUCAACGAGCUGCCGCCGAUCGAGUUCGACGCGUACUCUUGUAGAGGCUCGCACUCGCGUGUCCCUCCUGGAGACUACCAGGAGCUGGACCCACAACUAAUGAGCGAAGAAGAGCUGAUUCGACGUCGACGUCCCAUCAAACGGGCCCGACAACGAAUGCGCAAUAUUUGUACGAUGCUC